AUGGAGAACCACCCAGAAUCCCAUCUCCUAUUUCCCUUCAAUAUUGUCUCUCAAAUUUGGCAGCGGAUAUGGUACGGAUUGUUAUGUUUCCACCAGCCGGAUGAAUCUUCGCCUCCCUCCAGUCCGAGACCAGCCAGAUUUCCACUAACCCCAACCCCUUGCUCUUCCAGUGAUAAGAGUGAUAAGACACGGAACUCCUCGCCAAGUUUCCGACGAUUCUCUUAUACCGAAAUCACUUCUCUCCUAGGAGUCGACUUUCUCCGCGGGGCAAUCAACAAAGAUGGGGUCUCGCAAAAUGGAAAGAGGCACUCUCUACAUGUAUCGAAUCCGGAUAUAUAUGCCCACACCUCCCGCACAGAAUCCCCUCCUGAUUCAAUCUAUGGGAACCUCAGGCUGAGGCGAAUGUCUUCUCCGGCACUCCUACGAUCCCCGUUUACACUAACUCCAUACCCACUCAUCACUGCCAGUGUAGGACUGGAUCCCGAAGAAUUGCUUUCGAGCUCAACUUUGUUUGCAGAAAUCACUGGGGAAAAUGUGAUUGAUGGAGAACCCAGCCUCUCGACCACCGAGGAAAAUCUUUGGGACUACUUGGAGCGAUGUAGAUUGAGACCGCUACCAUUAUUUACCCAGAGCCGUCUAUCCCGCCGCAAUGGACUAACAAGAGCUCUAGGACUUUUCAUGCCAUCUGACGCUCCUCCCAGUACUACUGAUGAACCUGAGAUGGAAAGCUCUACUGAUGAUACUGAAAUACACAGGUCCAACGCUCCUGAUCCGAUUCCCCCGGCCCAGCAAAGUCGUCGCACCUCCAUCUCCACUUCCAGACGACCUUCUGGUAUCAUUCAUGCAGUUGGUUCGAUGUUCAAAAGACGAUUCUCCCAGGUUGAUGAUGAAACCGCAACUCCAUCCACCCCAUCUUCAUCCACUCCACCUCCAUCCUACUCAGCCAAUACCUCUCCGUUAAGUCGCUCAACUGAAUGGUGCACUCCAGCCAGCCGAUGGGGUAGGGCAAUGGGCACUUCAUCUAAUAGAUCACCAAGUUCAGGUUGGUCAUUCAUGCCGCAAUAUCCUGGACGUCGAUCACCUAUCUAUGGGAGUGAACUUGAUUAUCUCGAGAUAAGCCUGGCUGCGGGACUUGCUGCACAGGAGCGCAGGAAGACAAAGGAGGGCGAGUAA